GGGAGAGAACACUCUGAUGCGUAAUUUCCCCGGUGCCCCGAUGCGCUCAUUGGUGCGUCUCUCCAACGUGUCACCAGUUUUGGUGGAUUACCCCACAUAUCUGCAGCAUCAGGAGGGUGAGACGCCACUCUGCUUUCCAGCUUCUGUCCUGACUGUGUCACAGCUGCCAGCAAGAACCUCUGACAACAUUGGGUGGAAAGAAGCACUCAGGGGAGAGGCUUUAGGAGAUUGUUUUUUUUAUUAGUAAACUUACUACAACUCAAAAACAAAAAUGCAAAACUUUUCUUUAUGCUGGAGGAUGACGCCGUCUUUUUCACUUAUUUCACUGCUGCUACUGGCAACUUUGCUGCUGAAGGGGCUCCGGGUCAGCGGCUCCCCAGCCUGCGCUUCCUGUGGCUUACCGGCAAUGGAGAAAGACGCAGAGGAGAAGAUGAUGAUAGAGAUCGCCAAACAGCAACUUUUGGAAAAGCUCCACCUGAAAGAGAGACCGAACAUCACUCAGACUGUGCCAAAAGUGGCGCUUCUAACUGCGCUGCGCAAGCUGCACUCGGGGCGCGUCAGACAGGAUGGUACCCUUGAACUAGAAAACAGUUUACCUACCAAAGAUCAAGGCUAUGAAAUAGUGAGCUUUGCAGAUACAAAUGAUUCAGACAGCGGUGACAAGGCCAGCCUUAGCCUUACCUUUCAGUUUCUGCAGGAACGAGGCAAGAGCAUCCAUGUCCUUCAGUCUUCUCUGUGGAUUUAUGCCAAAUCGUCUGAAGAUCCUCACCGGAGCUCCCGCCUCCUUGCCCGGGUCUUCCUCUCAGCAGAUGAAGAAACUUCAGACUCUAAUCGCACCCUGGUGAUAGAAAAGAUGCUGGAGGUUAAGGAGAGCAACUGGCAUACCUUCCCAAUCACCCACACGCUGCAGACCUUUCUGGACGGAGGUCAGCGGCGACUCCGGCUUGAGGUCAGCUGCGAAGAGGGUGAAAGGAACCUUUGCUCCUUUAAUGGCUCGGCUGACAAAGCAAACCAGCCCUUCAUGGUGGCCCAGGUGCGUCUGCGUGAUGACCACUCCAAGCACUUAAUCAGAAAGCGAUCACUGCGCUGCGGAGAUGAGGUGACGGUAUGCUGCAAGAGAGACUUCUACAUCAAGUUUAAGGAUAUCCAGUGGGAUGAGUGGAUCAUUGCACCUGAAGGCUACCACAUGAACUACUGCAUGGGUCAGUGCCCCCAGCAUCUAGCCGGCUCCCCGGGCAUAGCAUCCUCAUUCCAUGCUACGGUCUUCAGCCAGCUUAAAGUCAAUGGCAUCAACACAGCCACAGCUUCAUGCUGCAUCCCCACCGAGCGCCGGCCUCUGUCCAUGGUCUACUUCAACUCUCAGCACAGCAUCGUCAAAACAGACGUCCCUGACAUGAUAGUUGAGUCCUGCGGAUGCACAUAAACAAUAGCAUUAGAGGCAAUCUGAAAUACGCAGAUAUUAAAGACUGAAAAAUUAAAGAGGGAUGUUUGCUUUGGACUUCCUACAGUAGUAGGAGAUUUUCACAUGUGGCUAAAAUAGACCAUGAUAAAUAUAAGCAAAGACACUGAAUGCCUAUAUUGUAACGUUUUUGUGUACUUUUAAAACUGAAUCGCUGUGUAUAAAUUAUGGUAUUAUUAGUAAUUGUUAUAGAGAUUUUAAGAAACAAAAUGCUUUGUCAAAGGGUUUACAGAAAAGUUUUUAGUUUUUAAAAAAAAUACAAAUAUAAAAAAAGAUUUAUAUUUGCAGAAUUGGAAUGUUGUUUUAAGGUUAGAUAGAUAGAGCAACAAUAAAUAGUACUUCAGGGACAUUGAUUGGGCAAAAAAAAAUCUGUCUAGCAAAACAAUAAUAAUAAUAAUCAGACUUUUUUAAUUUCCUAAGUAAAAUCCUUGUUUUUCUUUCAGAAAUUUUUUUCCACUUUUUACUUGGAAAGUAUACGAAUCUGCCAGAUUGAUUUAAAAUGUUCUUUGUUUGUUGUUGUUUUGUUUAAUAGACUCGGUAAAUUAUCUUUUUUAUCUGUUGCCUGCAGUAAAAAAAAAAGAAGAAAAAAGGAAAUCCACAAUAUAAUUUCCAAAAAAUUGAGGCAGAGGCAUGUAAUGCAAUUUUUAUUUUUAUCUUGGCGUCAUUUCAUUUUUAUUUUUUCUUAUUUAGUUGUUUUUUUCUUUAUGUGCUUUAUGAUUUUUUUUUUUUACUGCUUUUCAGGUCUGGAUUGUAGGCCGACUAGUUAAGAUACCACAUUACUUUAGAAAUCUUUAUUUUAUUGCUUCUGUCUUCAACUCCUUUCAUCCUCUUAGGCUGUGAAGAGACAGCUAACUAUUUGGUCUUGUUCUUUAUAUUCAAGCAUUGAUGGCAAAAUAUGUUCUCUUUUUUUCUAAAUGCAUCUUGAAGACUUGCAGGGAUUUUGAACACAUUUAAGACAAUUUCAAGGAUCUCUCUGUAGAUUUAUGAAAUGUGAAAUCCCACCAUUGAGAAGACUAAAUCAAAAAUAUGCUUUACAUUUGUAUGCAUAGAUACCUAGAUACAUACAUAGAUGUAGAGGUUAGAGCAGGUAAAAUCUGCCUGAGUCCUGACUGUGGGCAGCCAGGCGUAACAUACAUUUGAAAUAUGUUUGAACAACAUAUUCACUGUAUUCUUUACACAAGUUUCUAAUGAGCUGGGUGGCUUCGACAGUUUAUGAACCUAGGGUCAUUUCUCAGCAGCAUGAGCAAACAUUUAGCUAUUGCCUCAGUGUCUGCUCAUGUGAAGGUCUGUGAGGCAGGUGGGUCAAUGAGCAUGUGCUGAUGCACGUUGGCAAUUAUAGCCUUCAAAGUCUAAAGUUUUCAGGGGUGAUGUAAAUUUAGUAUCUUUCCAGUAAUAGAUAAAAAAGCUGUCUCUGUUUGCUAGAACAUCUUAUUGGCUCUACAAUCCCCCCUUUUGAGAUGGGCAUUGUUUUUUGGUCAUUGAACCAGAAUAGCCCUAUUUGGAAAUCAUAUGGUGUGAUAUUAUUUAUAACAACCUCAAUGGGAAUAGUUUAAUUUAAAGCACACUGGUGGUCAAAUUGCUUGUUAUGGUAUCUGAGCACACAUUUUCAUUUAUUGUUCAUUCAUUGUUUGCCUUAUUUUGCAAUUUUCAAAUGGGUAAGUUAGAGGUAAAAAAAAUCAUAAAAUUGCUUACAAUAUAGCUUUGCAUAGUUCACAAUAAGGUGUUUCUCAGUUGCUGAACAUCUCAGUAACCCAGUGUUCUCCUUCAAUCAGGACCUCGUGGCAACUAUUUCUCUGUUGGUUUAAAUCAUCAAAGCUUUUCUUGGCUGAACAUGAUCACAUUAUCUUCUAUUUAUGAAUGUACAUUUUUUGUCUUUUUUUUGUAGCUUACCCUGUUUAUAUCUUCUAAUAUCUCCUGUCCCAGGGCUUAUUGUGACAUGUUAGUGCCACCGCAGCACCACUAAGACAAGCACUUUAUCACCCUUACUGUAGUUUCUGUGCAAACUUUGCUGGAGGGGUAUUUCUUUUUACUGUACUUACAGCUAAGGUGGGCAUGACCUAAAGUGUAAGCAGUCCUACAGGGAGCGAAUGUCCAUUUGCUUACUUUCUUAAGCUUUAGCUUUGUUCAAACAUAUUAUGUUGUAAAUAUACUUGCUGAUGACAGAAGCCAUUCUGUGUCUAUUUAAAUAUAUAAUCAUUUUCUUUAUUUUUGUAUGAUUCUAUAUUUUGUAUAACACUGACAAUUUAUAAUAGACUUUUAAACUAAAAUAAUAUUGAAUUUAUUUAAUUUAAUGUCUGUGCAUUUUUCAAUAAAAUAUGUAUUAUAAACCA